AUGAUCUACACCAAUGUAACAGAGAUGAGAGACUUUUUAAUCCUUGGAUUUCCUGGACUUCUACCAAUGUAUUAUGGACCUGUGUCAGCUCUGCUCUUUUUCACCUACCUAGCUAUUGCAAUAGGAAAUAUUUUCAUUUUAGCAUUUGUGAUCUAUGAAAAGUCCCUUCAAAAACCAACAUAUCUGGUCUUUUGUCACCUGGCACUGAAUGACUUAACAUUUGGCACUGUGACUCUUCCAAAGAUCAUAUCAAAAUAUUGGUUUGGUGAUAGCAUUAUUUCAUUUUACGGUUGCUUUAUACAAAUGUUCUAUGUUCACUAUUUAGGGUCAGUUACUUCUUUCAACUUGUUGGUAAUGGCCAUCGAUCGAUUUAUUGCAAUAUGUCUUCCGAUGCGUUAUCCUGUCUUUAUCACAAACAACACCAUAUCUGUGCUCUGUGGCCUUGCCUGGUUCAUCCCUCUGCCUCUAAUGGUGACCGUUGUACUCCAAGCCCUCACUUUACCUUACUGUAAAUCAAAUGUCAUCACUCAGUGCUUCUGUGACCACAUUUCUAUAACAAGUCAGGCAUGUGGUAGGGAGGUUACAAUUGUACAAGUCACUACCCUCUGUUUGGCCAUGUUUUGUCUCUUGCUACCUCUUGCAUUCAUCUUGUUUUCAUACAUUUCCAUUAUUGUGGUUAUUCUGAAAAUGUCCAAUGCUGCCGGUCGCAAAAGAACCUUAUCUACUUGUUCCCCACAAAUAUUUAUCACUUGCCUUUUUUACCUUCCCAGGUGUUUUGUCUAUGUAGCCAAUACUGUUGGGUUUUCUUUCAGUUUGGACGUCCGUAUUUUAUUAGUCUUGUUGUACAGUCUUUUACCUGCUGCUGUUAAUCCAAUGAUAUAUUGUUUUAAAACUCAGGAUAUCAAGCAGACUUUGAUAAAGAAGCUGAACAAAACUAGGAUUGGAAUAGAUAUAAAAGUUUAA